GUCGAUGGCCGGCUCUCGUUCCGAGGAGAGUCCGACCGAAAGGGAGCAGCAAAGCGAAGGGCAGCGAAGGGAAGGGAAGGAAAGGGAAGGGAAUGGGGGCGAGGAAGGAUGUGAGGGAGGGAGAGGAUCUUUUGCGGUGGUGUCAGGCGAGGUUUGACGAGGUUUAGGCGGUGGAAUUCCAUCGUGCCCGUGCCUGGGGAGUGGUCGAUCAGGUGAAGACGGAAUAGUGAUGUGUGAUCUGCGGCACCGCGAAGGGUGGACUGGGAAAUUGCGUUUUCCAGGGUUUUAGAAGCUCAGAGUUCUCAGUCGACGAUCAAUUCGAUCUGCAGGGUUUAGAAUGAUGGAAGCUUACAAGGAGUGGGUGCGGCACAACCGGCAAUGGAUCUCCUCCCUUGAAAGUCUUGCCAACACUGCGACUUGGUUCUUGCCGGAGCGUUUUGCAAAUUAUGAGCUCGCCUCUGAAGCUGUUUCAACUCUUCUGGGUCUUGUAACUGUUAUGAACCAGCACAUUGUUGAAACGGCUCCGCCUGCUCGACGUCCAAGGGGAAGCGGACUUCCGACACCUGCACUACAACCAGAACAGGAUGAAAGUUUUCCAUGGGCUCUUUGCGUUUCUGUUAUGAAGGAGGUUGAGGUGCUGACUGAAAUGGCUGCUGAGACCUAUUUGGGAAAAGAUCAGAAAUGGGCACCAGUAGCUUCAAUUGAGGCCAUAAAGGCACUUCUAAGACUGAUUAUUCUGCGAAAUAGCGGAUAUAAAAUACUACUCGACGGUGGAGAAACAAAGAAUUGUGAAGAUCCCACUGAAAGGUCGGGUCCUUCCAGUCCAGAUGAGGGCAGCAGGCGUGCUUCACAAGGACAGGAUAUGCCUGGGAGACCGGGACAUCAAGCUCCAGGUCCAAGUAGGCCCAGCUUAGAUCCUGCCUUUUAUCCCCGAGAUCUGGAGGGUCGAGCUAUGCAAGCGAUGCAUAAGUUCGGUGCUCACAACACAGGCCAGAAUAGACCUUCAUGGGUUAGACAGAGACCCGGUCCUCCUCAGGAUUUUAGGAUUAUAGAGCAACACUCAUAUGUUCCUAGACCUUUUCCGACUGGGCUGAAGCAAGAACCGGCGUACAAGAGUAGAGGGUUUCUGGCUGGGGAGGUUCUUCUUAUAUCGAGGCCACUUCUUUACGUAUUGUUAGUCUGGCGAUAUGGCCUGAAGUCUUGGAGACCGUGGUUGUCAGCUCUCUCUAUUGAUCUAAUUGGAAUGUACCUGGUCUCCAGUGCAACCUCUGCCGCCGAUAGACGUUUGGCAUCGGAUAUUUUACCAGAUAUGCAGCAAGUCAAUGAUGGUUCUUUAUCAACACGAGAAAGACAAGAGCUUAGACGAAGGCAGCUACUCUGGGCACUUUACGUUAUGCGGAAUCCGUUUUUUGACCGCUACACCAGGCGUCCCCUGGAGAGAGUUGAGAGAAUUUUGUCUCCCGUCCCGAUAGUUGGUACUUUAGCAGGGAAAGCAGUUGAGUUAUUAUACGCUGUCCAAGGAUUCUAUUCAUACACUGCAGCAUCUUGAAAGGCCUGCGAUCAUGCCCUAUCUGAGCAUGCACACAAAUUCAAAACAGAAAUCCCGCCUACAUUCAUUCACGGUCAUGGCUCACGGUGGUUCCUGAAACUUAUGUAGCCUGGUAAUGACGUGAUUUUUACGGGACAUAGUUCAUGUCCUCGGAUAUUGUGAAAAGCUCCCUGGCGGAGGUUUUAUGUACAAAGCAGUACUAGGUGAUUGAUUCAAUGUUACCUCUGCAACCAGAGAUCAUCCGCAUUUAUACACGUAAAUAAAGUGCCACAGUUUCUGACAUGAGAGUGAACUGUCCUAUUUGAUAACGGG